GAGGCUCUGAGGCUUUGUUGUUAUAGUAAAGGCUCAACCGCGGUCAGCGUUUUCCUCACCGGGUCACGUUUCUUCUGUCCAGUUUCCACCGGUGCAAAGACAGAAAACUGCGGAUUUUCUUAACGAGCGUGAGCGGAAACGAAUCGGUGGAGGAAACCAGCCGCAGAGAUAUGCAGUGAUGGUCUGCUGUAGAAACCAGAUUAUGUGGCUUCAGCUACGAUCUCCACCUCUUAUAACAAAUCUUUGACACUCUGGAUGACCAUCAGACCUACCACUCGCCCUCUGACCUUAAAUGUAAUUAAGGUCAGACUCCCUAUUCCUGCUGUAAUGGAGAAUCCCAGCCUGCUGUCCUUCAUCGUGGCCUUGCUGGGUUUUCUGAGCCCAUGUCUGACUAGGCUGACUCCCAGAGUCUCCUUCCCUAUAGGUAGUCCUGGGAGACAUCUCACCCGCUUCAGCAGCCAUGAUGUCAGCAACACCACUACACUGCUGCUCAGCGAGGAUGGAGACAUGCUGUACGUUGGAGCCCGGGAUGCUGUGUUAGCGCUGGAUGUUAGCCAAAGGGACGCCAUCGUACUGAGGAGUAAGCUGGACUGGAGCCCCUCAGAGAAAGACCUUCAACAAUGUUCCAUGAAAGGCAAAAAAAUGGCCGACUGUCCCAAUUUUAUCCGUGUACUGCAGUUCUUGAACACCACCCACAUCUAUGCCUGUGGAACAUUUGCCUUCAGUCCACGCUGCACAUACAUUAACUCAGAGACGUUAACGAUGAGCCUCAAGCCUGAUGAAGGAAGAGGUCGCUGCCCCUAUGACCCCUUCCAACGCAACACUGCCAUAAUCGUAGAUGGAGAGCUUUAUACUGGGACGGUUGCAGACUACAGGGGGAACCGGCCAGUCAUUUCCCGGCACCUCAGCGAGGGCAGGCGUGUUGACCUGAAGCUGGAUGAUACAUUAGGAUGGCUGGAGGAUCCAACCUUCAUCAGCUCCAGUUUCAUUCCUGAUGAGGAGAAAAUCUACUUCUUCUUCAGUGAAGUGGGCAGAGAGUACGACUUCAUUGAUAAAUUUAUUGUUUCUCGUGUUUCUCAGAUCUGCAUGAGUGACAUUGGAGGUCAGCGGACCUUGCAGCGACGCUGGACCACGUUUGCCAAAGCUCAGCUGUUGUGCCAGGCUGACAAUGAGCUGCCCUACAAUGUGAUCCAGGACAUAGACACCCUCCCACCAGCAGAGGGAGCUUCUGCAGAUGACACACUUUUUUAUGGCAUCUUCACCUCCCAGUGGUCUGUCAACUCUGGACGGUCAGUCGUGUGUUCAUUCCGCUUGUCUGACAUUAAAUCAGUUUUCUCUGGUAACUACAAAGUCCUGAACCGGGACACAUUACAGUGGAGCACACGGGUUCAAGAGAAGGUCGCAAAUCCAGGAGAGUGUGGCCUCCACAACGCAUCUGACAAUGCCCUGCGCUUCGUCAAAGAAAACUUUCUAGCAGAUGACAGUGUGCGACCGGUUGGAAGAAGUCUGACCAUGGUGUCUGCUGAGCACAAAUACAGCCAUCUGACUGUGCAGAGAGUCCAGGCUGCCAACAACAGAGACUACACUGUCCUGUUUCUGCUAACAGAGUCUGGUUACCUGCACAAAGCCGUGCUGCUGCAGAGUGGAGCCCACAUCAUAGAGGAGGUCCAGGUUUUUGAGCAGCCUCAGCCUGUCAAGAGCCUGAAGCUCUCCGUAACAAAGGGUGUGAUAUACGUUGGCACGUCAGAGGGUGUGGUGAGGGUUCCAACAGCAAACUGCUCCUUCUACUGGACCUGUCCUCAGUGUGUUCUGGCGCGAGACCCCUUCUGUGGUUGGGACUCUGUCAGCCGGGCUUGUGUGGAGGCCUCAAACACCCAGACCAGUCUUGGCCAGGACGUAGAUCGAGGGAAUGUUGAGGAGGCAUGCAACAGUGUUGCAUUUACACAUACAGCCAGAUUUGGUCCAAACAAAAUGCCUGCAGGUGAGCUGCUGUCAGUGUCUCUGAAUGAAGUGGUGCGGCUUCAGUGUCCUGCAGCGUCGCAGCUCUCCCAGCAGCUGUGGGAACGACCAAACAGCCGACUGUCCGCAGACCUUUACUUGCACCUGGAGGACGGGAGUCUGAGCUUCGUCGCCACCCCCGCCACACUGGGCCACUACCUCUGCCUGUCCACUGAGAAUGGAUACCAGCAGACUAUGGCCAUCUAUCAUGUAAAACAGAAGAGCAGCCCCGUGGUUCAAACUCCAGUCAGCUACACCCGGCCUCAGACACACCCCAUACCCACCACAAGGGCUGUGGCCAGGCCUGGGCCUGGACUGCAAACCUCUCUGGGGACUAAAAGAACAGAACCAAAACAAAGAGAGACUGAGCCAACGCUGUCCAGCAGGGACACUCAGGCUUCCACCAGACAGUGGGGCAGAAAUGUGACCCAGUGGACAGGGGAAUCUGGGCAGAAAGAUGCAAAGUUUCUGGAUGGGGAGCCCCUGCCGUCGGCCCGAGGCCCCUGCUACCUGAGGGAGCUGGUUGUUGUGUCAAUUCUGCUGGUGCUUUGCCUCAGUCUGCUAAUCACCAUGCUUCUGUACGUCAUUAGAAAGCGCUGCCGCAGCCGAACAUCCCCGCAGGCAGGAACUCCGAGCAGAGACUCUGACAGAAGGACCCCUGUGGAGCAGGAGGCUCUCAGGGGGAACCAGUUUCUUAGCAAACGCAAUGGACAAGCCCCACACAGCGGACAGGCCAGUGGGUUAGUUUGUAAUGGGGCACUCACAGGCUCUAAUGGGCAUUUGCCCAACACCCCCAUCUGAACAGUCCCAGACGUUUAAACUGUUUGAGAUGAGGUCAGCGGUGAAGGGAGGUCAUCCCAGGUACUAGAGUCACCAUGGUGACUGUCAGUCAGCCCAGUGGGAGGUCCUGUUUGCACAGCCGAUGAUACUGCACAAAUACUGUGGACUUUACUUCUGAUGUGUAAGAGUUGUAUCUAAUAGGAUGAAAGAAACUCUUCCUGUGGUACUUAAAUGGAGUCUCGUGACUGUGGAGGUGGAGUGUUUUUGUCUUUGACAGACACUGAAACACAGUGGCUGUUGUGUUCUGAUUGUUCUAUGUGUUUUCACUUACUAAACGGUAACUUUUGAGGCAGGAAGGUACAAGCUCAUCUAGUACAGCUGAUUCUUUAAAUAUUUUUAUAGACAAAUCAGUACGUCAUGCAAAGCCAGUGACUGCGAAACAUCUCUUUUUAUGGGAUAAUUGCAUUUUUAAGUGUUAAAUCAAAACACACAUGACCAAAAUGUUAGAUUGUAAAAUGGCCGUGUAUGCAACUCUGCCAAUUUGCUUUGCCAAACACAUUUUGGAGGAAAUAUAGUUUAUGCUCGGUUUAUGUACAGUGGCCAGGUGUUCCCCAGUCCAGUAUGUCACAAGUUCCUAUAACAUAAAUAGGUGGUUGGGGUGGAUGACUGUAGGCAGAUUCAUCUACACUUGGAAAAGGCUACAGAGGUCAAGCAGACUUGUUUAUCUUUUGUUUGUGAGAUGAUAUUACACUCAUAAUGUAAACGUGCCUUGGCUACAGUUGAGGUGAUGCUUUGGUGAAACUGUUGGGUCAUCUCACUGAUUUCCUGUGUGUCAUACACACUGGACAUCCAGUCAGAAUAAAGUGGAAACUUGCACCAAGUCUCCAGAAUGCUUAAUAAAUUUCCACCAGUGACCCAAUGACUAUUUAAAGGGACAAGUCACCCAAAUAUGAAAAUGACAUAUUUUCGAAUCUGCAUUACUAGUUUAAUUGUUUUGGUGUGAGGGCAGAUAUCUCUACAGCCAAUAUCUCCAACCCUUGACAACUCACACCUUAACAAUCUAGAAUACUAAGUAACACCAUCGGUAAGAGGAAAUAUAUGUGUUUUUGAUUUUAGGAUGAACUGUCCCUUUAAAAAAACAAAAUCCAGGCACACGUGUUCCAAGGAAAACUGUGCUCUCACAACAGAGCCUGACCUCUCUGCGCUGUCAGCCCACCAUGUACUCACACAAACCAGGGGGCAUUGCCUUUUGUUGCUACAGUAAAAUCUAGUAAACCACACAGGGGUCAGGGAGAAAUCCUGUACGGAUACAUGAAUAUUACAUUAGCCAGGUUGCAGUGCAUCUAAACAUGGUGUCUGAUUUCCUGCUUAAUCUGAAAAAUGCUUGCCUUCAGUACACUCAGCAGUUUUUUAUAUAAUAUUAGGCUCACUGACAACAUUCUCUGUGGUUUAAAUACUGGAUUUUUAAAUGGCAAUAUGAUGACCAUCCACCCCAAUUCUCCUUUAGAAAACCAGCUCCAUUUUUUCUAAUUUUUGAAAAUCUAGAACAAAUAAACAUCAUCAACAAACUCACUGAAUUUGAAGUGUUAUUUAAUUAUGUUUUUGGGCAAAACAUACAGUACUUUUUCACAUUUGCAGUAAUGGAUCUUUGAGUCCUUUGUCCUUGAUACAAAUGUGAAAAAAUAGUUAAGUCCUCUUUUUUUGCAGGUUUUGCGUGUUUUUGUCCAUUUUUUUUAUCCUUGCAUUGCCAUGAUUUUGUAGUACAUUUAUGUCGAUCCUGACGUCUUAUUCAUACAGUCUGCAUGCACAAGCACUGAAAGUAGCCUAAAUCUGUCCAUAACUGAAAAACACACUUUUGAGAAAAACAACAAAUCCUUCAUUUUUACAUCUCAGAGAGAUGAAACUGGGAUUGAAUAAUCUUAUCUGAGUGUCAGCUACGAUAGAAAAUGAGGGAUUCCUAAAAUGUCUGACUGAUCCAUUAAAAGUAUGUAAUUAAUUUGUAAAGAUGAAUGGCCCACUGUUUGAUUUCUAUCCAUUCAGCUCUUCCUCUUUAUGUCACCAUGUGUUUAUUGAGGUGCAAGGAAAGAUCUCUGGGACAAAUAUUUUUACUCUUGCUUAAAUAUUCCCAUGUGUCUUUAACAGUAGAAUAUAUUGAGGAAAAGAAAGUAGUGGCCAAUUCAUUUCACAAUAUACAUGUAAAUACUGUAUAACUUCAGUUAGUAGCCUGGGCUAUUAUUUGCUUAAAUCACUGAACUCAGGAGGCUCACAUCUGGGAGAAGCAUCCAAAUGGGACAGGCCUUUAAUUCCUUUUACACAAAACUGUUGCUCAACUAAGAAUAACAUACCAAAUAAAAAUCCAGCUUGAUCUAGCUCAGACAAAUGGGGCAUCAGAGAGGAUUACAGCGCCUGGCAUACCAACACAACACCACUUUAUCCUGUAAAGACAAUAUUCAUGACUUGGAUUAUUUUUUAUGAAAAACACUUGAUUCUUUUGAUUGGUGGACCCUUACGGACUAAAGGAAUAUGACUAACUUGCAGGGUAAUUGAGGAAUGGAUGCAUAUUCUGACUUCAUGACAGCUUCAGAGGAAGGAAGUCACUACUUGUUUUUUCAUCAUGCCAGUAAAUCUGAAUGAAUUACAGUCCUCUCUGGUGCUCAUGGUUUCAGUAUGUAGCAUCUCCAAAAGUUUAAACAUUUAUAUUUGUAUGUGCAGUCUAUGCAGGUAACCAGCAUUAGCUCCACUGGGUAGUCAACAAUCUGGGUUUAUACAUCUAAAGAACUUCUAUAAAUUGAACUGCUUGGUAACCAGACCAGGUCACUAUUUGUCAAAAUGUGUAGCUACACCCGGCUAUUAAAAGGAACUGGAUGUUUGACUGGGACUAGGCUUUUAAUUGAAGUUUUACGGUAUAUCAAACCUUUGAGUGUUGAUACAUUUUUGCAAAACAUGGUGUCAGUUUACUCUGUUAUAGUACAUGCACAGUCAACAGCUAGUGCUGCCUGCCCCACAAAACUCCUCUUCAAUGCAUUACCAGUGUUCAUGUACAAGUUUACAUUAAUAAAGAUAAAAUAUUGAUUUUAACACAUUGAGUCAGCAUCCCUCUUGUAUAUAAGUAUGCUAUGCAUUCUCAACAUGAUGUUACAGAUAUGACCUUUGGUAUCGGA